AUGCUCGACGCGCACCACGUGCAACCUUUUGUCGCGCCCAACACGGGGCCGCGUUCAAAGCCCUGGGCGACUCGGCUCGCCUCCUGCUUUCAGCUCAGCCCCUCCGGUUUCGGGGCUCCCACGGCCAACAAACGAUCCCGGCCGCAGCUUCUCCCUCUGCACAAUGGGAGCAACAACUGCCAGCUGCGGCAGGGGGAGGGGAGCUGGGAGUACUACGUGAACGACGCGCCGCGGAUCGUGCUGAACAAGCUGGAGAGCUGCGGAUACCGGGUGGUGGGCAUGACCGGCGUGGGGCAGACUCUGGUGUGGUGCCUCCACAAGGAAUAG